AUGAAAUUUUGUACAGCUAAACAUUCGUUAACAAAAUCGGAUUCAGAAUCUGAAUUCUUACACAAUCCAACACUUCAUUUCUUUUCAUCUUCUUUGCUCCUUCCUAUUCUUCGUAUUCUUUGCUUUGAAUUUUAUUGUCAAGAAGGAACACAAGCAAGAAUAAGGCACAAUAGCAGAAUAUAA